CGGGGGUGGGGAGGGUCUCCAGUCGCCGGCGCUGCGCUGCGCUGCGCUCGGGGCUGCUGCCCAGUUUCCUGCCUCCGAGUCGCCGCGUCCGCCCCAGCCCAGAACAGUUUGUGCAAUUUAGAAACUCGAUAGGAGGCAGCAGCUGAUCUCCCACCACCCUAAAAAUAAUCCACUGCGCGCCCUGCGGGCUUCGGAUAGGGGAGGAAAGCUCUGCCUUCGGAGAGAUCUGCUUCCCGGUUUGAAAUUUACCCUUAAGACAGUGUAGGAAGCCGGUGUUUUGAAGGUAGCGCCAGUGCGCCAGUAGGGGUUUGAAGCAGCAUCAAGCCAAUAGCAAAGAGUAAACCAUAUCAUAAGAAAUGAGCCUUUCAUUCUGUGGCAACAACAUUUCUUCAUAUAAUAUCUACGGUGGUGUUUUGGAAAAUACCUGCUUUGUGGAUGCCCUCAACCUAGUUCCUCAUGUCUUCCUGUUGUUUAUCACUUUUCCAAUAUUGUUUAUUGGAUGGGGCAGUCAAAGCUCAAAAGUACAAAUUCAUCACAACACAUGGCUUCACUUUCCUGGACAUAACCUGAGAUGGAUUCUGACGUUUGCUCUCCUAUUUGUGCAUGUUUGUGAAAUAGCAGAGGGCAUAGUUACAGAUUCACGGCGGGCGUCGCGGCAUCUCCAUCUCUUCAUGCCGGCCGUGAUGGGAUUUGUUGCCACUACAACAUCAAUAGUAUAUUAUCAUAACAUUGAGACAUCAAAUUUUCCUAAAUUACUUUUAGCCCUAUUCCUGUAUUGGGUAAUGGCCUUUAUUACAAAAACCAUAAAAUUGGUCAAGCAUUGGCAGUCUGGUUGGGGACUAUCAGAUCUGCGUUUCUGCAUCACAGGCAUAAUGGUCAUCUUGAAUGGACUCCUGAUGGCUGUGGAGAUCAAUGUCAUUCGGGUCAGAAGAUAUGUAUUCUUCAUGACUCCUCAGAAAGUAAAACCUCCUGAAGACCUCCAGGAUCUUGGUGUGAGAUUUCUUCAACCGUUCGUAAAUUUACUGUCCAAAGCAACAUACUGGUGGAUGAACACACUUAUCAUAUCUGCUCAUAAAAAGCCUAUUGAUCUGAAGGCAAUUGGAAAACUACCAAUAGCAAUGAGGGCGGUAACAAAUUAUGUUUGCCUGAAGGAUGCAUAUGAAGAACAAAAGAAAAAAGUAGCAGAUCAUCCAAAUCGGACUCCAUCUAUAUGGCUAGCAAUGUACAGAGCUUUUGGACGUCCAAUUCUACUUAGUAGCACAUUCCGUUAUCUUGCUGACUUACUGGGUUUUGCUGGACCACUCUGUAUUUCUGGAAUAGUGCAGCGUGUGAAUGAAACCCAGGAUGAGACAACAGGAGACAAGUAUUUAAAACCCGUCUCAUCAAAGGAAUUUCUUGAAAAUGCUUAUGUUCUAGCAGUCCUUCUUUUCUUGGCCCUUAUUCUGCAAAGGACAUUUCUGCAGGCUUCCUACUAUGUUACCAUAGAGACUGGCAUUAACCUCCGUGGAGCUCUGCUGGCCAUGAUAUACAAUAAAAUCCUUAGGCUCUCUACAUCUAAUUUAUCCAUGGGUGAGAUGACCCUGGGACAGAUCAAUAACUUGGUUGCCAUUGAAACCAAUCAACUCAUGUGGUUCUUGUUCCUGUGUCCCAAUCUAUGGGCUAUGCCUGUUCAGAUCAUAAUGGGAGUGAUUCUGCUCUAUAAUUUACUUGGAUUAAGCGCAUUGGUUGGUGCAGCUGUCAUUGUGCUCCUUGCGCCAAUUCAGUACUUCAUUGCUACAAAGUUGGCGGAGGCUCAAAAGAGCACUCUUGAUUAUUCCACGGAGAGACUGAAGAAAACAAAUGAAAUAUUGAAAGGCAUCAAACUUCUUAAAUUGUACGCCUGGGAGCACAUCUUUUGCAAAAGUGUAGAAGAAACAAGAAUGAAAGAACUAUCCAGUCUCAAAACCUUUGCCCUUUAUACAUCACUCUCUAUCUUCAUGAAUGCAGCAAUUCCUAUAGCAGCUGUUCUUGCUACAUUUGUGACCCACGCAUACACCAGCAAGAAACUUCUACAACCUGCAGAGGCCUUUGCUUCGCUGUCUCUCUUUCAUAUCCUGGUCACUCCGCUGUUCCUGCUCUCCACAGUGGUCAGAUUUGCAGUGAAAGCCAUCAUAAGUGUUCAAAAGUUGAAUGAGUUUCUCCUUAGUGAUGAGAUUGGUGAUGACAGCUGGCGAACUGGUGAAAGUUCUCUUCCUUUUGAGUCCUGUAAGAAGCACACUGGAGUUCCAAAGACUAUAAACAGGAAACAGCCUGGAAGAUAUCACCUGGACAGCCAUGAGCAAUCAACACGACGUCUACGUCCUGCAGAAUCAGAGGACAUUGCAAUAAAGGUCACAAAUGGGUACUUUUCAUGGGGCAGUGGCUUAGCUACAUUAUCCAAUAUAAAUAUUCGAAUUCCAACAGGUCAGUUAACCAUGAUUGUGGGCCAAGUGGGAUGUGGGAAGUCCUCUCUUCUCCUUGCCAUCCUAGGCGAGAUGCAGGCACUGGAAGGAAAAGUUCACUGGAGCAAUGUAAAUGAAUCUGAACCUUCUUUUGAAGCAACCAGAAGUAGGAGCAGAUAUUCUGUGGCUUAUGCAGCUCAAAAGCCUUGGUUAUUAAAUGCAACAGUAGAAGAAAAUAUUACCUUUGGAAGUCCUUUCAACAAACAGAGGUAUAAAGCUGUCACAGAUGCCUGUUCUCUUCAGCCAGAUAUUGACUUACUACCAUUUGGAGACCAAACUGAAAUUGGAGAGAGGGGCAUCAACCUGAGUGGGGGUCAGAGGCAAAGAAUCUGUGUGGCACGAGCUCUCUAUCAGAAUACCAACAUUGUCUUCUUGGACGAUCCAUUCUCUGCCCUGGACAUUCACUUGAGUGAUCACUUAAUGCAGGAAGGGAUUUUGAAAUUUCUCCAAGAUGACAAGAGGACACUCGUUCUUGUGACUCACAAACUGCAGUAUCUCACACAUGCUGACUGGAUCAUAGCCAUGAAAGAUGGAAGUGUCCUAAGAGAAGGGACUUUGAAGGACAUUCAAACCAAAGAUGUCGAGCUUUAUGAACACUGGAAAACACUUAUGAACCGGCAAGAUCAAGAAUUAGAAAAGGAUAUGGAAGCUGACCAAACAACCUUAGAGAGAAAAACUCUCCGAAGAGCCAUGUAUUCGAGAGAGGCCAAAGCCCAGAUGGAGGAUGAAGAUGAAGAGGAAGAAGAGGAGGAAGAUGAGGAUGACAACAUGUCCACAGUAAUGAGGCUCAGGACUAAAAUGCCAUGGAAAACCUGUUGGUGCUACCUCACUUCUGGAGGAUUCUUCUUGCUCUUUCUGAUGAUUUUCUCUAAGCUUUUGAAGCAUUCAGUCAUCGUAGCUAUAGACUACUGGCUGGCCAUGUGGACAUCGGAGUACACUAUAAACAACAGUACUGGGAAAGCCGGUCAGACCUACUAUGUGGCUAGAUUUAGCAUACUCUGUGGAGCAGGUAUUUUCCUCUGCCUUGUUACAUCUCUUACUGUAGAAUGGAUGGGCCUCACAGCUGCCAAAAAUCUUCACCACAAUCUUCUCAAUAAGAUAAUCCUUGGACCAAUAAGGUUCUUUGACACCACACCCCUGGGACUGAUUCUCAAUCGCUUUUCAGCUGAUACAAAUAUCAUUGAUCAGCACAUCCCUCCAACUUUGGAAUCUCUCACUCGCUCAACGCUGCUCUGCCUGUCUGCCAUUGGCAUGAUUUCUUAUGCUACCCGGGUGUUCCUGGCUGCUAUUGUGCCUCUUGGAGUUGCCUUUUAUUUCAUCCAGAAAUACUUCCGAGUGGCCUCUAAGGACCUCCAGGAACUUGAUGAUAGUACCCAGCUUCCUCUGCUUUGCCACUUCUCAGAAACAGCUGAAGGACUCACCACCAUUCGGGCAUUUAGGCAUGAAACCAGAUUUAAGCAACGUAUGCUGGAACUGACAGACACAAACAACAUUGCCUACUUAUUUCUCUCAGCUGCCAACAGAUGGCUAGAGGUCAGAACGGAUUAUUUGGGAGCUUGCAUUGUCCUCACUGCAUCUAUUGCAUGCAUUAGCAUGUCUUCCAAUUCUGGUAUGGUGGGCUUAGGUCUUCUGUAUGCACUUACGAUAACCAACUAUUUGAAUUGGGUUGUGAGGAACUUGGCUGACCUGGAGGUCCAGAUGGGGGCAGUGAAGAAAGUGAACAGUUUCUUGACUAUGGAGUCUGAGAACUAUGAAGGCACCAUGGAUCCUUCUCAAGUCCCAGAGCAUUGGCCACAGGAAGGGGAGAUCAAGAUUCAUGAUCUGUGUGUCAGAUAUGAAAAUAAUCUGAAACCUGUUCUUAAACAUGUCAAGGCUUACAUCAAACCUGGUCAAAAGGUGGGCAUAUGUGGUCGCACUGGCAGUGGGAAGUCAUCAUUAUCCCUGGCUUUCUUCAGAAUGGUUGAUAUAUUUGAUGGAAAGAUUGUCAUUGAUGGGAUAGACAUUUCAAAACUACCACUGCAUACACUACGUUCUAGACUUUCAAUCAUUCUGCAAGAUCCAAUACUAUUUAGUGGUUCUAUUAGAUUUAAUUUAGAUCCAGAAUGCAAAUGCACAGAUGACAGACUCUGGGAAGCUCUGGAAAUUGCACAGUUGAAGAAUAUGGUCAAAUCUCUACCAGGAGGUCUAGAUGCAAUUGUCACUGAAGGUGGGGAGAAUUUUAGUGUUGGACAAAGGCAGCUGUUUUGCCUUGCUAGAGCCUUUGUCCGUAAGAGCAGCAUUCUCAUCAUGGAUGAAGCGACAGCUUCCAUCGACAUGGCCACAGAAAACAUUUUACAGAAAGUGGUAAUGACAGCUUUUGCAGACCGCACCGUUGUUACAAUAGCUCAUCGGGUUCACACUAUUCUGACGGCAGACCUAGUCAUUGUGAUGAAGAGAGGAAAUAUUUUAGAAUAUGACACUCCAGAAAGCCUCUUGGCUCGGGAAGAUGGAGUAUUUGCUUCUUUUGUUCGUGCAGACAUGUGAAGGGAUGUCAUAAAAUGCUAACACUUAUUUAAAAUAACAUGGUCAUAACCUACUCGAUGGAUCAUCAGCUUGGCCUUUGCAAAAUGUUAUCAUAAACUUUUACACAUUUUUAUAAAACUUACUUUGUUAUGUUAUAGAACUUUGUAACUAGUAACAAUGUCACUUUACCAAUGAAUAUUGUAUUUCCUCUAGUGACUUUUUCCUAGUUUUUGUUUUUACUACCUAAUAUGUUCAUUACUGAUGUUUUCUAAUGAUUAAGCCACUUUACCUUUAAAGUUGUAUAAAAACAUGUAAGCUGUUUUAAGUGUUAAAAUAUCUCUUAGGCAUAGAAGUUACAAUGAGUAUUCAGUAUUAUUUUACUCAUUUUGUAAGACUAUAUUUUCCUUUUUUGUUGAUGUCCCCAGAUGUUACUGGAAGAGAAUAAAAGGACAAGUUUUCUAAACAGCUAGAAAAUGAAACAUUCAAAUUCAUUGUCCACCAUGUGAGAAUAUUUUCUGUAUUCAUUAACAUUAGAAAUACUGGUGUUUCCUUUAGCAGUCUUUUUUGUUUUUUAUCUAAAUGGAUUCCUGUCACCAAGAAAUUAUCACAUUUAUAGAAGCUCUGUAAAGCCAAAGCCUCCACUAGGAAGCUCAUUAAAGGAGUUUGAAUAUUUAAAAAAUUAUACUCAAGUUGCCAUGUUUCUCUGUCUAGUAAGGAGAGCAUUAGUAAGAUAUCAGGCAUCGUGUGCCUUUUUCAGACUGAAGUUCAGAAUAAUUAGGUGUAAUCCUUCAGUGGCAGGCCAGCAAAAGCUUUCUAUGGUUCAAUUCAUAUUAGACAUGGUUAUGAUCCUGAGCCGUAAACUUUCACAUUAUUCAAGAUUCAGGAAAACACAUAGGCCUUAGUUGAACAGGAGAUAAAUGUGCUUCAGUCCAGUGAUGUCACACAUGUAUCUAUUUGCUCCUGCUCUAAUUUAAUGUGCAUGUAGAAAUUAUAUCAAAAAUGUUUUCUCAUUAUAAUGUGCAUGUUAAAAGUGCAUUAAAAUUGAUGGGAUAUUGAUCUUAUGUUUUCUUAAAUGUAAAUUAAUAAAUUCUAAAAUACUAAAAGUCACCUUCACUAUCAUGCUAGCAGCCAAAACUUUCUACUACAAUUCCGUGCCCAUCUAGUAUAUCCUUGAUUGUCAUAUGAAGAUCUCAUGCAUUGUAUAAUUUUGAAGAAUUAUGAUUGAUUGCAAAGGAGAGCUUAUGCUCCUUUCCCUUAGUUCUUGUGUUCAGUAUAUUGUACCAUGUAUCCACUCUUGGAAAAUCUGUAAUACUUGUCUAUCCCAAAUAAGCGGGCAUUUACCUGAAUAUAGAGGCUUGAUGUUUACCUAAAAUAAGUUCCACAAGAUGGACAAAAGUGUUCUCUGAUAUUUAGCUUAAAUUGUCACCAUUUUUGCUAUAUAUAAAACUUAAUUUGGAGAAGAAUCCUCUUAUUGUUUCCAGAAAGGUAAGCAGAACAGAAUCAGUAACUAUUAAUUUGAUCUUGAAAAUACUUUCUAAGAUUUCCACCAAUCUCUUCAAAGUAUUUCUGGUGUGCAAUGUUUUACAAGGCUGAAUUUACGUUAUGCUUGUUAUACUUCAUUUUCACUGAGAAAUGGGGAUUUAGCCAUAGAAAUAAUCCCUCAUACUAUUUGUAAAUUAUACUGCAUACAAGUAACGUCAGCAGACACAUAUCUAAUUACACAAAACUGAGAAACAUAUUUUCCAUUCUUUCGUCAUAGUAGUAGCAGGUCCCUUUAUAAGUGUUAAUCACCUAAAUCGGCUAAGUAUUUAUUUACAAGACUAAAUUGAAUGAAUAAAUUCAGGGAUGAUUUUUUAAUUUGUUUAAUCAUUUACUAUGUUAUAUGUAUGUAUGAUAGAUUGAAUAUAGAAAUUACUCAUCUUGAAAUAACUUUUUACUAAGCAGGUUUAUAUCUAUAAAAGGCCAGCCUUAACCAAAUCAAAUUUUAUAAUUUUUAAUUCCUUAAUAUUUAUUAAAAGCAAUAAAUGCACAAAAAUUUGUAUGAAAAUAACAAGGCUACUGAUAUCAUUGAGAGAGAAGGAUUCUCUUAAAGGACUGUAUGUCCUCUAUUUUUAUGCUACUACUUAUGACCAAUUUAAAAGUUAAUUUAGGUCUAGAUUAGAUACCAGAAGACCCUUCUAAGUAAUUCAUACUUGAGACCUGGGACCAUGUCUCAUUUGUCUUUGUGUCCUUGGCAUGUAACACAAGUACCUAGCCCCAGAAGACUCUAAUAGACAUAGUUAAUUAUCCAUUGAUUAUUUUCAAACUAGUCAUUUACCUAGAACUAUGGGUUAUUCUCUUCACUUUCUAUAUUGUGUUUAUCCUACUGUGAAAAAUAUAUUGGCUUGAUAUUAUAUAAUAAAUUACUCUUUUGUUUUCUUGAUUAAA